GUGAAAGCUGAACUAGGAAACGUUGCGAAACCAAUCCUCUGGAACGAUACGCUAGUUGGCUAGAUUUCAUUAGCAUUACUCGUCACCACUAUCCUUCGAGGGGGUUACAACCAUCGAGAUGGUUGCAACGUGUUUUUUUUCUUUUCUUUCUUUCUUUCUCACUCCUUGUCACAGAGCUGUGUUGGAAAUUCCUUGUUGACUCUGCAGGAAAUUCCUUGUUUUGAGAAACGUCGCCUGACCUCACGGAGUCCACCAGCAGGCAGCGCGGCUAUAAAAGUCUGGACGCCAGAUUGGCCUCGGGCACAGCGCGAGCACUGGAGUUCCCCCUGUACGCGGCGCGAGACGUAGGGAUGCUCCUGUUCGGACUCAUCUGCACCGCCUGCUUCGUCCUGGAGGAGACGCAGGCGUGGGGCUACAAAAAUGGAAUACUACACAACUCCAUAUGGCUGGAACAAGCAGCUGGGGUGUACCACCGUGAAUCGCGCAAAGGGAGGUACCAGCUGACCUACGUGGAGGCCAAAGCAGUGUGCAAAUAUGAGGGGGGAAAACUGGCCACCUACGAGCAGUUGGAGGCAGCCCGGCAAAUAGGGCUCCAUGUUUGUUCCGCGGGCUGGUUCGAUCGAGGCCGCGUGGGUUACCCCAUUGUCAAGCCCGGCUCCAACUGCGGCUUUGGCAAAAUUGGCAUCGUCGACUAUGGCUACAGGCUGAACAAGAGCGAGAGGUGGGAUGUCUUCUGCUACAACCCCACCGCUAAAGAGUGUGGAGGAGUCCUAACAGACCAGCAGAGGAUCAUCCAGUCGCCAGGGUACCCAGAGGAGUAUGAGGACGAGCAGAUCUGCUACUGGCACAUCAGGGUGCGCUACGGACAGCAGAUCCACUUGCGAUUUCUCGAGUUUGAUGUGGAGGAUGACACCGGCUGUCUCGCAGACUACCUGGAGAUCUACGACAGCUAUGAUGACGUUGCAGGCUUCGCCGGGAGAUUCUGUGGUGAUGAGCUCCCAGAAGAUUUGCUCAGCACAGGGAAUGUCAUGACCCUGAAGUUCCUGUCAGACUCUUCAGUCACUGCAGGCGGGUUUCAGCUGGAGUACCAGGCUGUGGACUUGACUGAACCCAUCCCAGAGCCCUUUAUUCUAGAGAUGGAGCCAACCACCCCUGAGCCCUUUGUUCUAGAGACGGAGCCAACCACCCCUGAGCCCUUUGUUCUAGAGACGGAGCCAACCACCCCUGAGCCCUUUGUUCUAGAGACGGAGCCCACCACCCCUGAGCCCUUUGUUCUAGAGACUUUAUUCUCCUCCAACAGCUCUGAUACAUUUAGUCCACUGAUUGACUCCACGUACAACACUUCUGAUCCAUUUAGUCCACUGAUUGACUCCACGUACAACACUUCUGAUCCAUUUAGUCCAAUGAUUGACCCCACAUAUAACACCUCUGAUCCAUUUAGUUCAAUGAUUGACUCCAUGUACAACACCUCUGAUCCAUUUAGUCCAAUUAUUGACUCCAUGUACAACAGCUCUGAUACAUUUAGUCCAAUGAUUGACUCCAUGUACAACAGCUCUGAUACAUUUAGUCCAAUGAUUGACUCCAUGUACAACAGCUCUGAUACAUUUAGUCCAAUGAUUGACUCCAUGUACAACAGCUCUGAUACAUUUAGGCCAAUGAUUGACUCCAUGUACAACACCUCUCAGUCUUUUAGUUAAUUGACUGACCAAUGACAGAGCAGAUCAGCUGUACCAGACUCAAUCGUUUUUUAAACAUACGUAUGUCAUAUUUAUGUUUUUACUUUUGUAACCUACUACUUUUUAUAGUGUGGUAUAUUAAAAAUGUACCCCAUUCAAUUUCUGUUCUGCUUGUGAAACAGAUUUGGUCUUAAUUGUUUUGUUUAUUGCAAAUUCACAUUUGCUGAAACUUUAAUCUUAUUUAUAUUUAUCAAUGCCAUUGAGCAAUUGAAAGUUCUGAUUGAAAGGCGCGAGUAGAAUUUCACCUUUAAAAAUGAUUGAAUAAUUAAUGUUCAUUAAACUUACACUUUGAGUUUAAUGAAUGAGUUUGAACAUACUUCACAAUAAAAUUACUAAUUAAUUGCAAUUUCUCAUGUAAACAGAUGCUUAAUUUUGUGGCAUUCAGACA